ACGCGAUUGGCUUUGACUAUUGAGAACGGAUUGGUUUUCAAAUAAUAGACAUAGAUCUGACCAUAUAAGGUAAUUAUUGUAUUUAUAUAACAGUAAAACUAUCUAUUACGGUAUCUAUUCUCAUUCAUUCAUUCACUCUACGGAAAUGGGGGAUGAGGACGUUGCUGCUCUUGUUAUCGACAAUGGAUCUGGUAUGUGUAAAGCUGGCUUCGCAGGAGAUGACGCUCCCAGAGCCGUGUUCCCCUCCAUUGUUGGGAGACCAAGACAUCAAGGAGUGAUGGUGGGAAUGGGUCAGAAAGACAGUUAUGUGGGAGACGAGGCUCAAUCGAAACGUGGUAUCCUGACUCUAAAGUACCCGAUCGAACAUGGUAUUGUGACUAACUGGGAUGAUAUGGAGAAAAUAUGGCACCAUACAUUCUACAACGAGUUGCGAGUGGCUCCAGAAGAACAUCCAGUGUUGUUGACAGAAGCCCCACUGAACCCGAAAGCGAAUCGUGAGAAGAUGACACAGAUCAUGUUUGAAACUUUUAAUGUCCCAGCUAUGUACGUUGCUAUUCAAGCAGUGUUGUCGCUGUAUGCAUCUGGUCGUACAACUGGUAUCGUGUUGGACUCAGGUGAUGGUGUGACCCACACGGUUCCGAUUUACGAAGGUUAUGCAUUGCCUCAUGCCAUUUUGCGUCUGGACCUUGCUGGUAGAGAUCUUACCGACUAUAUGAUGAAGAUCUUGACUGAGAGAGGUUACAGCUUUACUACUACUGCAGAACGUGAAAUUGUUCGAGAUAUAAAGGAGAAGCUUUGUUAUGUUGCUUUGGAUUUUGAGCAGGAGAUGGGUACUGCAGCUUCGAGUUCUGCUUUGGAGAAGAGUUACGAACUUCCAGAUGGUCAAGUUAUCACUAUUGGUAAUGAACGAUUCAGAUGUCCAGAAGCUCUUUUCCAACCUAGCUUCUUGGGAAUGGAAGCAUCAGGAAUUCACGAGACCACUUACAAUUCCAUCAUGAAGUGUGAUGUAGAUAUCCGUAAAGAUCUCUAUUCCAACACAGUAUUGUCAGGUGGAAGUACAAUGUAUCCUGGUAUUGCUGACCGUAUGCAAAAGGAGAUUAGCGCUCUAGCUCCCAGUACUAUGAAGAUUAAGAUAGUUGCACCACCUGAGAGGAAGUACUCUGUAUGGAUCGGUGGUUCUAUUUUGGCAUCACUAUCAACAUUCCAACAGAUGUGGAUUUCCAAACAGGAAUAUGAUGAGUCUGGUCCAAGUAUUGUUCACCGUAAAUGUUUUUAAUCUGACUUCACUAGUCUGUACAAAUGGUAUAAGUAAUAUCACAGAAUAAAGAUUUUUCGUGACUCGUGGCUUGUUUUGUUCUUGAUGCUGUCUGAAUGUGUUUUGGAUGCUAUGGUGUUUACAAUUGGCUCUAUCAUAGGUCUAUGAGACUUCACAAGUCGUGGUGUCUGAUGGGUUGGCUCGUUUACAUCCUCACCAACGGACAAGCAAUGUUCGAGUGUAUAAUUGUUGAUAAAUUGGAUCAAUUUCUCCACCAUCUUAAAAUGUUCAAUCUAUCGUUCAAUUGAUAUUAACAAUAGAUUUAACGAACUAUCUUUUCAAUUAUUAUUAUUAUUAUAUCUAAAUUGAUUGUAGAACUUAUAUAGUUUGUCAAGUGAUUAGUUUAUAUGUUUUCACUUAACUGAUGGUUUGUUUAUACAUUAU